AUGCAAGAGGAGCAACAGCCUGAGGCUGCUGCAGAUCCAAUGUCCUCCUCUGAUGCACCAGAAGAUGGCCCAAAGGAAACGUCAAGCAUAUCGCAGAAUAUCUCUGAUGCAGAUGCAUUUAAAAUUCUUCUGGAGAUGAAGAUGAAGAAGAGGCAGAAAAAGCCUACUUUACCAAGCACUGUGACUGAGCUUGACACCGAGGAUGGUUCUAAAGUAUAUGUGGUUGGAACAUCCCACUUCAGUGACAGCAGCAAAAAGGAUGUAGUGAAGACAAUACAGGAAGUGCAACCUGAUGUAGUUGUGGUGGAACUAUGCCAGUACAGAGUUUCUAUGUUAAAGAUGGAUGAAAAAACAUUACUAAAAGAAGCCAAAGAAAUAAAUCUGGAAAAACUUCAACAAGCUAUAAAGCAGAAUGGAGUCAUGUCUGGAUUGAUGCAAAUGCUGCUUCUGAAGGUGUCUGCCCACAUCACAGAACAGCUGGGAAUGGCUCCAGGAGGAGAAUUCAGGGAGGCUUUCAAAGAGGCUAGUAAAGUACCUUUCUGUAAAUUCCAUCUUGGAGACCGACCCAUCCCUGUUACAUUUAAGAGAGCAAUUGCUGCACUUUCUUUCUGGCAAAAAGUCAAGCUUGCCUGGGGCCUUUGCUUCUUAUCUGACCCAAUCAGUAAAGAUGAUGUGGAGAAAUGCAAGCAGAAGGAUUUACUGGAGCAGAUGAUGGCAGAAAUGAUUGGAGAAUUUCCUGAUCUUCAUCGAACGAUUGUCUCGGAACGAGAUAUUUACUUGACCUACAUGCUGAAGCAAGCAGCAAAGCAGAUAGAACUACCUCGAGCUUCAGAAACUGAACCUAGAAAAUAUAUUCCAGCUGUUGUAGUUGGUGUUGUUGGGAUGGGCCAUGUACCUGGAAUUGAAAAGAACUGGAACUCUGACUUAAACAUCCAAGAAAUAAUGAGUGUGCCUCCUCCAUCAGCUUCAAGUAAGAUCUUCAAGUUUGUCAUAAAAGCAACAGUAUUUGGACUGAUGGGAUAUGGCUGCUACCGAAUAGGUCAAAGGACAGUUCAGUUUAUUCUCUCGAUGCCAGCAGCACAGAGCUAUCUUCAGAAGCUGACAGAAAUAAGGUCUCAGCAUUGAACAUCAAGUGAAGAAGGUGGCUGAAAAAGGAUGAUAGAGGCAACAAAUAUGAACUGGACUGAAAGAAGAGGGAGACGAGGAUUUUAGUCAGAGAUGAUUGAUGCUGAGCAAUGCUGAAUCGCUGUAUAAUAAAAGAUUUGAUACUAAAGUUACACCA